AAUAAAUCCGUUGAAAAUACGUCCACGAUUGAAAUUAGACAGUCAAUAGAGGAUAAAUAAUGAUUAACUAGAUAAAACAUCGAAUAAAUGACACUGUUAUCGGACAAGCUGCGGUUGUUGGACUCGGUGAAAUUCGAAAAAAUCGCCUGUUUAUAAAAAGCCGCAGGUUAACACAGCUGUAACUGCUGUUUACCCUUCGUAAACUGCUGCAAGCUAACACCAGCUGACUGUCUAAAUGGAUCUUACGGAGGACUUGUCUGCUCGGUUCCUGCUGACAAAUAUUCUCAGCACCGAUCCACCUAGGACUCCGAUCACACGCAGUGCGUCCAAAACACAGAGUACCAGCGCGACCAGGCGCAGCAGUAGAGUGGCUAACAGAGAUGCUGGUUCUCAAACUCCAGUGGACAUCCUGAGGCGCAGUCUGAGACAUAAAAUCCGUGAGAGUAUAACCAGGAAAUCCCUGCCAGCUACUAAAAGGAGGACUGCCUCAGCCGUGCUCCGAAAGAUGACCACACCUGCCCCAGCCUCGAUGCUGUUUGAUGAUGGGGACACACCGAGGCACAUACUCAUGAACAUCAUGCAGACAGACCCAGUGAGGUCCCCUGUGGCUCACGAGGAAGCUGCAUCAGAAGAGCCACAGCCGUCUUCAACCAACUCCAGCAUUACCAGCAAGCGUCCAAGCAUUGAGCUGUCAGGGUUGGACUUGCCUGACAUAACUGUUGGCAAUGCUGCAAGCAUCGCAAAGGGGCUGAGCAGAAAGAGACCACGUCGGAGCCUUAAUGUAACAGCUUUUGAGAAGCGUCUUAAAGAUGGAGAUGAUGUUGAGGAGGAAAAUGAAGAAUCAUUAGGCGACCACACGUCGCUCUCUUUAUCAAGCUCCAAUUCUCUGAGUCUAAAAACGCCCUUUGUGGAUGUUCGGACAGAGAAAAGAGGCCUGCAGAGAAGAGUUUCUAACCGUCGAAAAAUCACAGAGGAAGAAUUUGGUGCCGCUGUAAAUAAAAGGCAGAUGGGAGGAGUGAACAGCUUUGUGAUGCAGGGUCUCAGUGAGACCACCUGCUCUGAAGGCUUCCCUUUGGGCCUAAGCAAACUCAGUGAACCUGAUAUGACGACUGACAUCAUCCACUGCAACACGGCUCUCUAUGCCGAGCCUGAUGCCACGACCUCCAACUUUUCCAUCAUUGCAACUCAGGACAAACCCACGGUGAUGGCGUCUCAGCUUCAGCGACAGAUGAUAGCACUGGAGCAGGAGGAGCAGAUGGAAGUAGCGCAGCGCGAGCAGAGGAAAGGGAGCUCAAUGUAUCUGUUUCCAACUGAAAAAACAAUUGUGGCAGAGCUUGAGAAUGAAGAAUGUUUUUCUCUGUCUCUGUCCCAUGAUGGUGUGGAUGUGGAUGAAUCUAAAAAAGAGGAAGGGAGGAGUAAAGUUGAAGGUCAGUUUGAAGAGGCUGCAGUAAUGUUGAAAUGUGAGGAAGAGGAAGGCGCAGCUGAAUCUCGGACUACUGUACAAGAUGAUGCGGCCGAGUCUAAGGAAGAGGAGAACAGAGUGGGAGCAGUUGACUCUCAAAACGAAGAAGACAAAGAAGAAGAUGGAGUUGAUUCCCAGCCUGAAGAGGAUGGUGCAGUCAGGUCUCAGUCUGAGGAAGAGGAGGUUGCACCAGACUUUCAAACUGAAGAAGAAGAAGAAAGUGCAGCUGACUCUCAAACUGAGGAAUUAGGUGUUGAUUCUCAGCCUCAGGAAGAGGAGGACGUUACAGAAUAUCAAAGCGAUCGAGAGGAUUCUGCAGAGGGCGGUUUGGCUGAUUCUCAGCCUGAAGACGAGGGUGAUGGGGAGCCAGAUGAGGAAGAUGGUGAGGAGGCAUCAGAACAGCUGGAGCGUGACUUGGAACACAUCAGUCGAAGGGCUCAUCGCUCAGGGGGUGGAGUCAUGGCUGUUACAGGAGCAGGGGAAGAUUUGGCAGACGCCACAGAGGCAGGAUGGUCUGAUGGCAUGUCCAAAGCACACAGCGCUAUUGACGUACAAAUGGGAAGCCACGAGAGCGGUCAGCCUCGUCCUGGGACCCCUGACAUGAAAGAGUCCUCAACCCAAGCACAGGCAGAUACAGAGGCCGAGGCUGAUGCUGAUAAAAAGAACUCCUUUCAUCUAUCUGUUGAGGACAGUGGGCAGCUGGGUGGCUAUUCACCUGAAGAAGCUGCUGCACAGGACCCCGCUGAACAGGAGGAGUGGGAGGAUGAUGAUGAUGAAGAGAGUGAAGAAGUCCCCAGCAAGACUCCAGCAUUUGUCCGACAGAAAAGGGAAAUUUUUCACCCUGAUCCUCUGGCCUCGCCGUCAGUUCAUAAGAAUGUUCAAGCCAGCAGUACAAAUGAAGGGUCGCCUGCACCUAAACCAACACGGGUGAGAAAGAGAACAGGGCCAGCUAAAAGGGAAGGAGGCCUUCCUAAGAGCUACCUUAUGAGCGUGUUCAAGCACUUUGCCAAAACAAAGGUCUCUGCAGAUGUGUACCCUGUCCUAAAAGAAACAAUGGAUAAAUUCUUCGAGCGGCUGGCAGACGACUUGGAGACGUAUGCUGUCCAUGCAAAGAGAAAAACCAUCGAGGUUGAAGAUGCUGAACUCUUGCUGAAAAGGCAGGGUUAUGUGAAUGACAAAGUGCCGGUGGAAGUGCUUAUUGAAAAAUAUCUUCGUAUGGACCAGCGCAAGCUCCUGAUCCCCAUUGCAACCAGUGGAAAUGUUGUCGUCCCUAAAAAGCGGAGAUGAAUGUUUUCUUUAGGGCUGCAUGUUUUCUUUUUCUUUUGUCUUAUGGACUGAUAGACAUCUGACUUACAUUGCAUUUGAUCUGGACAAUUGAAGUCUCCAUUUAAUGUUAAUCAGAAUGUAGAUGUUUCUGUAAAUGUGUAAAUAUUUGUUAACAUAUUCUUUAUCAAAAGUUUAGCGUGUGAUGUCUUCAUUGCUUUUUGCUGUCUCUCUUAUCUGUAUUACUAUACUGUGCAGGUCCAGUGUCAGUAUGUAUCUGUAUGUAAUGCAAGCAUUGGCUUGUUGACAACAGUGUAUUGUCAUUAUCAAUUAGGAUUGCAUGAGAAGAAGAACGUGUCCACUUUCUUCAUUUAUCUUUUUAUGCAUGUACUUUCUUUUCUGAGUCUGGAGCAAAGGAGGGUUUGCACACUAAAAAUAACAAAUCUUGAAAUAAAGUUCUUGUUCAUA